CCCCAAAACCGCAAAAAAGGUCUCCCUUCUUCUCAUUUCCGAAAAACUUCCUCAAUACCUCAAGGAUAAUCUUGAAGAAUCAAAAACUUGGGAAACAAACCGCAAGGAAUAAUUUUAAAAAGUCUUAUCACGUAGCAAAUAGUUAAAACAAGAAAAUUUCAAUAAUUUAUUUAUAAAUAAAAAAGCAUCGACCACUCACUAGAGCCCCAUUGUCUCUCCUUUCCCCCAAUAGUCUGGGGUCCCGUCGUGUCCCCAGAGUAAACACAAUUCCAUUCCUCUAAAAACAAAAGAGAAAUCCCUUCCAAAAUCCUCAUCACAGCCCCUACAUCCCCCACCCGACAAACCUUCCACUUGAAAUUAUUCCUUGGAAUAAUUUCAUAAAAAUGAUUUCAAGUUCUGCGAAAUCUCUCAAAGAAAAUUAUAUCGAGUGUAUAAAUAGAAAAAAAAACUGAAGCAAAAGUAGAAGUCAACGGAUAAAUCCGCAAAAAGAAACGGAGAGAAUAAAAAUCGCCCAAUCAGCGUCUGUCAGCUAGUCCUCUAUUUAUUAUUGCUCGUUAUCUUCGACGAGUGGAAGGAGAAAAGUUCGAGCCAUCGGGGUGAAUCAGCUGAUGAGUGACAAGAGCCAAAUGCUGAGGCAUUGUUGGUUAUGGCGACAAGCAGCUCGGACGGUUCUUGCACAGCACCAGCUGAUUUUCAAUUAUCCUCGGAGCUGGAAGACGUGUCCAAUCGUUUGAGUGUUAAUUUGUUGAAGUGCCCACUUUGUCAUAAUAAUAGACGAGUUUUUUACUGCAAACAGUGCGUUCAGAAUGGAGAUUUUGUGCAUUCUACGUCUGUUUACUCUGAACGGUUUGCGGAUAAACAGUUACGGUUGUUACGGUUGAAGGCAGCAAGGUCUCAACUUGAGGAGAAAUGGGCCAAGGCAUUUGAGAAACACAGGCAGAAGGAUAAGCUGAUAUGUGAUAUUAAUAUGUGUAAAGAGAGAGUUAAACUUUUGCACACUUUAGUUAAUGAAACGAAGCAGAGUCUAUCUAGAGGUCAUCAACGACUGAAUGUUCUGAAGGACGCCAAUUCCCAAUUGGUCCUUCGCCUCCCCAGGCACGAGGAGAGGGUGGAAAAAUUGCACAAAUACGUAAAUGGACUUAAGAUGAAACAAGAGAAGCAGAAGGAGGCUGUUGACAGGAAGCGACAGCAGUUGAAAAAAAUCAUAAGAAUAGCAGCCAAACAGUUGAUUCAGUAUAUAUUUCCUCUGAGUCAAGUCGAGGCUAAUCGAAGUUUAUGCAGCAGUGAAGAAGAGAGUCCAAACGCCGAUGUUGUAACAUGUGCAUUGGCAGACGCCUCAGGUACUUCAUACGUGCGAGGACGAUGGAUCAGUGAUUCUGAAAAUAGUUUAGAGUCUCAGCAUCGAAUCGUAGCUCCAACAUUGCCAGGUUCCGGGGAUUACAGUGCAUAUUCACUUUGGGUUACUGCCAAUAAAGAAGGAGUCCCAGGGGCUAAUAAGGAGAAUUUCAUGCACAAUCCAGCGUACAAUAUCAGUGCUGCAUUAACAUAUGCAACACAACUUGUUAAUGUUCUGGCGUAUUACGUAAAUGUCAGAUUACCUUACAAAUUAUCUUAUGGAGAAUUCUGUGGAAAUGAAAUGUCAGACCAGAAGUUCGCGAGGAAAGUUGCUCGCCUCAACAGCAAUGUUCUCCACCUGUGUUUCACCCAGAACACAGACAUCAAUAUUUUACACCCAAUGCACACACUCCAGAAUCUAAUGCACCUGCUCAACACAGAAAUAAGUGAUCUCGGUAGAGUUGGCCCCAUGGAGGCGGAUCCAGCCAUUGUUGAUCAUCUCCACAGCCAAUUGACGUCUGACCUUGAAAACAGUGAUGACUCUGCUUCGGAUGAGGAGGAGGAUGCGUUCAAUUGGGAAUGGGAAGCUGUUCCGAACGUCGCCUGUCCUGAAAUGACAGUCCCAAUCCCUGGUGCAAUACUUACCCAGCAGUCCUCAAGCAUCCAAGUGAACCAGAGUGUGGCCGGAGGCCUCGUCACCAGUGCUGCUGCCAGCAUCGCCUCCAUCUGGCGCGGCUGGACGACUAACAAAUAAUCUCAAUGUUAAUGAAUUUUUUAAUGAAUGUCAUACGCAGAAGUUGACUCGAGUGAGUGAAAAAAUCAGAACAGGAGUUGUGAAUUAAAUUGAAUUGUGGUUUUCUUUUUCAACGAAGAAAUAAACGAGUUUUCUUUAAA